AUACAAGAGUUUGUGUGCAAGAGUGGCAGCCCAAGAGUAACUUCUUGUCCUUAGACCGAAUUUACCUUUCAUAGCAAUAGUUAGUUCCCAUAUAUUUACCUUAUGAGCAAAUAUACAUAAGACUAGCUUAUUAUCACUCCAAAGUUUAUGCUGUAGAUUAGUUCCUCAGCCUCGCUGUGCUAACCGGGUUAACUCUGAAUCAUGCAAGCAUGGGAGGAGCCAUCACCACCAGCGUUCUACGAUACGGACGCUGGCCACAAGAUGUCACUUGCAAAAGGAGUAUCAGUGUCACCGCAUCGAUACUCGGUUAUGAGGUCGAAUGCUCCACGCCUGGCAGAGGCGCCCCGGGAAGUGGUCCCCUUUGGCGCCUAUGACAUCGACACCGGACGGAAACAAUCCGUAGAAAAUAGUUGCAGAGACUCCCGGCGGUUUUACGCAGCUGUGUUUGAGAGCCAUGUCCCGCGCUUCACGAGGCCUUGGAGCUCGCCCGUCACGGACGUGUUUUACGACCCGGAAAGGCUUAAAGACCACGCUCCUGUAGACCUGGCCAAGUCACUAGGAACGACUGCCAUCAACUACUCCAUCCACCGUUCCCGCUACAAGCGCUUCCCGGACCGACCACUCAUGACCGAGUCGCCGGACGUUGUGUACGACGUGGACUGCCACUUGGCCAAAAAUAAAUGUUCCUUGUACACAUCCGUUGUCCAUUCGCCUGUCGUCUACAGCAAUAUGAGCUCGACGCCCAAUGCCCGGCCGUGGGUGAAGCCAGACGACUACAAGGUGCAGCUUGGGCCCGGGUCGUACGAUUACAAGAUCGCACGCAGUGUCUCCGUGUCGCCCUCCCUGGACAGCCGACCACUCAGCUCCAUGGCAAGCACAGUAAAAAGGUUCGGCAGCGGCGAGGCCCACCGGAUGAUCGGGCAGUCAUGGGGACCAGACAGAGCCAACAAGCAUUGGAGCCGGGGCACAACGAUCAGCAAAACAGAGUACUUGCGGCCACAAUACCUGCCAAAGGCGUAUGAGGCGCCCAAAACGCAAGCAAAGCCCGUGCGGACGGAAACGUGACGUCGUGUUCGGUUGGCGGAAAAAGCGUGGGCUUAGGCAAUCAGGCGGUUUGCAGGAUAUUGAGAAUCAGGGAAAGAGGUAUUGCGUGCCGUCUUGAUUUGAUUGGCUUGUUGGCGUGCGUGUUUCUGCGGUACUUUGGCUUUGGUGUGACUACAAGGUGCAGGACGUAUGUAACUGCUAUCGCGGAUGGGGGUGUAGAGCCAGGAGGCUAGGCUUUGUCUUGGCUGGUUUAUUGCUGAGUGGCGUGGCCAAUUCAUCAGGGCCGCAAUUUUUUACUGAACUGACUGGUAAGUGGGGUAGCGGUGUGCAGAUGCAGACACGACAAUCUGGCGGAGCACGGGGCAUCUGUAACUUUCAGCCCUGUAGAGUGGGCGUUGUGCGGUCCUCCCGGUCCCGAGCUAUUUUGUGUAAAUGAACUUUUGAUUCAUGACACGGAGGUGUGUUGACUGUGUGUGUGUGGGGGGGUUGCCCCAUCCCUCUUCCGCCGGAUGGUGGGUUGAGCUCAGGCUUGGCAAGGGCUCAUAGUAAUCUGUUGAGGGAAAAGUGCGC